GAUAGUAUUGCGCUGGCCGGGUCAGAAGUGGUCAGUGUGGAUUCGUAUCCCAAAUGAGAACCUAUUGUGGAUGGCCACUUUCGAGCUAGUCCAUUCCCAUUUCGACAGAAAGUGGACCAGAGGUUACCAACGCAGCGUGGCUAUGUCCGGGGCUGAAUUGGAGCCAUUGAUUACAGAAGGCACAGGGAUAAUGAACUUCUCAGUUCUUCGUCACAGUCACGUAACUCAUGACAACUCGAUGAGUCUCUACUUCCGCCCCCUUCUUCUCUCAGAUUUUAUAAUCGUUUACCAUCAAUAUAUGAGCAACGGCGCUAGAUGACAUCAAGCCCUUUCACACCGUACAUGCACUUUCCACCAAGCCAUUUCAUUUGUUUCUUCGGCGGUCAUGAACCUUCUUGCAGACGAAAUCUUACUCCUGAUCAUUGGUGAACUGGCACACCACGAGGUCUUGUCAUGUCGGCGGGUCUGCAGGAAGCUCAUGCGGGUCUGCAAUUCCAUUUCCUUCAAGUGCCUCAACGUAGGACCUAACUAUCUCGAGAUACAAAGUCUCAUUAGACUGUCGGAAACCGAUCUACGGUUGCACGUACGAGAAAUUCAUCUGACCUUCGAGGUAUUCUAUCCACAACGAGCCAUGUCUCUCGCCGCGUUCACCUCGGCUCUACGCCCACAUCCGCUCUUGUACAAGCCAUCCGAUACAGAGAGAUUCUUCAAAAGAUACCAAGAGGCAUUCUGCCAAGAAACAAUGUGGGAACGAUUUCUGAUGCACGCCGCAUCGUUGGCGACCUUGUUGGACAGAUACCAGAACCUGGGCCAUGUACAGAUAUCCCAGUCGUAUGCCCACCAUCCUGAAGACAAGCCUGACGGCAGAAAUCCAAUGAAUGCUGCAAUAUCUAUUGCUGGACAUCAGAUGUUCCUGUCUAUUGUCAACGGGCUUGCAUUAUCUCGAACUAAGAUUCGGGAGAUGACACUCAAGGAUAUCAACCCACUUUAUCAUUAUUUCAGUGACCAUGGGUUCGCCAACAGGUUCGCCAAUGCUCUGCUAAGAGUGUUCCCAAACACAGCACCCAUCUACAAGGCGGCAUUUCAGGAGCUAAAGGUUCUUAAUAUGACUCUCGCAUCAAAGCUUGAGAAUCUCGAAUGCAUUGCGGCUUUGCUACAAACUAUGCAGGAACUGGAGGCUCAUCCAGAAAAUCUAUUAGAGUUCUUACAGAGACACGAGGGAACGUUAGUCGUUGGGUCGGGUAUAAGGUUCUAAAACGUAAGGAAUUGGAAUGUAAUACG